UCUCACAAGACACAAGUAACUUCUUUGCUUUUUCAUUUCUCUUCUUCUUCUUCUCUGUUUCCUCUGUUUUCAUAGAGCAAGAUGACUACCCUCACUGUACCUCCAGUUCCUCCUUCCCCAAGAGAGGAUGCCAUGCAUCUUUACCGUGCUUUCAAGGGAUUUGGUUGUGAUACUAGUACUGUUAUCAAUAUUCUUGCUCACCGAGAUGCUACGCAGCGUGCUUACAUCCAACAGGAAUACAGAAUAAUAUAUUCUGAGGAACUAUCCAAACGCUUAGCUUCUGAGCUUAGUGGAAAGUUAGAGACUGCAGUUCUGCUUUGGAUGCAUGACCCUGCAGGACGUGAUGCAACAAUCAUUAGGCUGUGUCUAACUGUGAACAGAAACCUUGAAGGUGCUACUGAAGUAAUCUGUUCACACACUCCGUCCCAGCUACAAUAUUUAAAACAGAUCUACCAUUCUAAUUUUGGUGUUUAUCUUGAGCAUGAUAUUGAAGCAAACACCUCUGGGGAUCAUAAAAAGAUCUUGCUUGCUUACAUAAGCAUGCCUCGUCAUGAAGGCCCUGAGGUUAAUAGAGAAAUUGCUGAGAAGGAUGCGAAGGUUCUCUACAAAGCUGGCGAGAAGAAACUGGGAACUGAUGAGAAGACUUUUGUCCACAUAUUCAGUGAACGGAGUGCAGCACAUUUGGCUGCCAUCAGUUCUUACUACCAUGACAUGUAUGGUCACUCACUGAAGAAGGCAGUAAAGAAUGAAGCAUCGGGGAAUUUUGCUCAUGCACUUUUGACAAUAAUCCAAUGUGCUGUUAAUCCAGGAAAGUAUUUUGCAAAGGUGUUGCAUAAGGCGAUGAAAGGUUUGGGGACUGAUGAUACCGCACUCAUAAGGGUCAUUGUGACAAGAACCGAGAUUGAUAUGCAGUAUAUCAAAGCUGAAUAUUUAAAGAAAUAUAGGAAGACACUGAAUGAUGCAGUUCACUCGGAAACAUCCAGCCACUACAGGGCUUUUCUUCUCUCACUUUUGGGUCCCAAUCAGUAGUCAAUAUUUUUCAAUUAUGUUUUAUGUGGGAUAAAAUCACCCUGUGAUGUUGAGUUAAUGAGCAGUUACAAACUUCUGUAAGCAUUAUGGACAUAGACAUACACUCCAGUUUCAGUCAGGGACUUGUGUAUUUGUUGGUGUAAUACUGAAACGAAGGAUUAUUGUGUAUUAAAUAUGCAUAAAUAUA